AUGGAUGUGAAACUGAUGUUUAGCUGUAUGUUUGAUUUUAAAUUGAAUUCUGUUGAUAUUUUGGUGAGGGAUUCUAAUGGGAGCACCAUUUUGGUGCCUUAUUGUGGUGGGAGUAGUAGUUUUACUUCUGCAACAACAUCUUUGGAUGAUUUUUCAUGUGCUUCUUCAUGUUUGUCAGUGGGUUCAAGCAAUAUUAUUGAUGCAAAGUGUGCUAAGAGAUAUUCUGAUGGUUGUCAAUGGUCUAUUUGCGCUUUGAAGAACAAGGUGAAUGGCUUUUUCUACAUAAAGAAGUUGAAUAAUGUUCACACCUGCAAAGGAAUUCUUAGGCAGCAAAAGAGUAAGCUUUUGGGGUCUAAUGUUGUGAAAUCGGAGAUUGCUAAUGAGUUGAAGUCCAAUCCUCAACUCAAGCCUAAAGAGAUUGUGUCUCGUUUCAAGCAUUCUUUUGGUUUAGAUGUGCCUUAUAGACUACUUGGUAUGGGAAGGAGUUGGCUAGAAAAGCUGUCCAUGGUCAUGAUGGUGACUCAUAUUCUCAGCUGCUUUGGCUUUAAGUCAUGCAUUCUGCUUCUGUUCGUGGAUGCGGCUCAAUUGAAGAAGUUCUUCCCCUUUGCAUUUGCAGUUGUAGAUUCUGAAAAUCAUGCGAAUUGGGAUUGGUUUUUUGAUCAUCUAUAUAACAUCUUGUCUCCGCAAGGUAGAAAUGUGACUUUUGUUACUGAUCGACAUAGCAGACUGUUGAAUGCUGUUUCCAGGAUUGUGGAGGAAUUUAUGAAAGUUGCUUAUUCACCUACAUUAGCAAGCUAUAACUUCAACUUGCACAACUUGAAGAAAGAAGGUGGUCUGCCUAUUGAAGAGUUUCUGCGAUCUUUGCCGUUGGAAAAGUGGUGUAAUGCGUUUUUCAAAGGAAACAGGUAUGGUGAAAUGGCAAAUAGUGUUGCCGAGUCAUUUAACAAUUGGACUAGAGAUUUGCGUGAGCUUCCUAUAUUUGAGAUGUUUGAAGGCUUAAGGUUCAAGGUUAUGGAGAAUAUGUCUGAGAGGAAGGUUGCAUGCAGGAGGUGGACCACUAUUUUGUGUCCUCCAAUGGAGGCUUUGUUGAAGAAAUCAAUGGAUAUUGGGCGGCAUUGGGCUGUUAGUAUGUCUAGUGAGACUGUUUUUGAAGUUCAUUCUGAUAAAUCAGUGGCGGUUGAUCUUGGGAACAACACUUGCUCUUGUUGUCAAUGGCAAAUUAAUUCAUUCCCAUGUUCACAUGCUCUUGCUGCAAUCCAAAAGGUUGGAGUGGAACCUGUGUAUAGUUACAUUGAGCCGUUUUACACCUGUCAAAGCUACAUGGAUUCCUACGCGCAUGGUAUUCAUCCUAUACCAAAUAUCAAGUUUUAUGAAGAUGCAGCUAGUUCAACUUCUGUUGUUAAGCCUCCAUUGGUUAGGAGGCCAUCCGGCCGGCCAAAAUCUGUUCGAAUGAAGUCUACAGCAGAAGGAGGCAUGAGGAGGCGUAUCAAGUGUGGCCGAUGUGGUGAGUUAGGGCGCCACAACAAGAUAACGUGUACUGCGCCAAUCUGA